AUGGAUCUCGAAAAGCAUGAGCAUAAGGCGUCCAUCGCCGAGGAGGCUGUCGUCCCAGUGGAAUAUGCUGGCUCUCCUCAUAUCCAAUCAAACGUCUAUGGAGAGACACGCCGAGGUCUGAAAAGUCGACAUAUCCAGUUGAUUGCGAUUGGUGGUACAAUGGGCACGGGCCUGUUCGUCGGCUCUGGCGCCAUCCUCUCCACAGUCGGCCCAGCCAACCUGUUUAUGGCCUACAUCGUCAUGUCUUUCAUCCUGUGGGCCGCGAUGAACUGCCUGGCAGAGAUGACCACGUAUCUGCCAACCAAAGGGGCGUCUGUUUCGUACUAUAUUGACCGUUUCGUCGACCCUAGCUUGGCCUUCGCUGCUGGAUGGAAUUAUUGGUAUGCCUAUGCGAUGCUCGUCAGUGCGGAGGUUUCCGCUGCUACAUUGGUCGUGCAGUACUGGACGCAUGCUAUCCCCGUCCCUGUACUGAUCACGAUAUUCCUCCUUGUAAUCCUCCUCCUGAAUAUAUUUGCCGUCUCGUGGUACGGCGAAUCCGAAUUCUGGUUCGCAAGCCUCAAAAUCCUCGGCAUCGUAUCCCUCAUCCUCAUCGGGAUCAUCCUCUUCUUCGGCGGCGGGCCCACACACGACCGUCUCGGCUUCCGCUUCUGGGACCACCCCGGCGCCUUCAAGCCCUACAUGGUCAGCGGGCCCACAGGCCAAUUCCUCGGCUUCUGGACCGCUCUCGUCCGCGCAGGCUUCGCAUUCGUACUCUCCCCCGAGCUCGUCACCGCCGCCGCCGGCGAGUCCGAGGCGCCCCGGCGGAACAUCCCAAAGGCCGCGCGCCGCUUCGUGUACCGCGUCGUGUUCUUCUACGUGCUCGGCUCGCUGGUCGCGGGGAUCAUCACGCCGAGCGACGACCCGCGGCUGCUGCAGGCGGUCAGCGCCGGGGCGAACGGGGCGGGCGCGAGCCCGUUCGUGCUGGGCAUACAGAGGGCGGGCAUCAGGGGGCUGAACCAUGUGUACAACGCGAUGAUACUCACGUCGGCGUGGUCCGCGGGGAACUCGUUCGUGUUUGCGAGCUCGCGCGCGCUGUACUCGCUCGCGGUGGCGGGGCAGGCGCCGCGCGUGCUGCGGCGGUGUAAUGCGAGGGGCGUGCCGUACGUCGCGGUGUGCGGGUCCGUGGCGGUCUCGUGCGUGGUAUACCUCAAUGUGUCCAGCGGGGCGGCGGUGGCGUUCCAGUGGUUCAUCAAUUUGACGACUAUCAGUGGGUUGAUUGCGUGGAUUGUCUUGUUUGUUUGUUAUAUCCGCUUCCGCCAAGCUAUAGUAUACCAUGGGGCCCUGGACACCCUCCCCUUCCGCACGCCUAUGCAGCCCUACAUCACCUGGUUUACCCUCUUCAUUGUGACCGUCCUCACAAUCACGAAUGGCUUCCAGGUCUUCUUCCCCGGUCAAUUCUCUGCGUCUUCAUUUCUAGCAGCCUACAUCACGAUCCCCCUGUUUCUCAUCCUGUACUUGGGGCAUAAGGUAUGGUUUAGAGGACCAUGGCUGAGGAGGGUCGGGGAUAUCGAUGUCUUUAAAGGGAAGGAGGAGGCGGAUCGGUUGGAGGCGGAGGAUGUGCCUCCCGUGCCGAGGAAUGUGUUCCAGAGAGUGUGGUUCUGGAUAGCAUGA